AUGGCGGACAGUAUCAUCGAGAGAUGCCUUGCACUGGCCGUGCCCCAGGAAACGAGGGAACUGGCUCGCUUCCAGGAGGUGGUGGAGGUCACUCGGGCAUUUGAAGCAGCCCUCAGAGCGGAGGGGUUCCUUGCGCCACUGCCUAAAGCCUCUACAGCACUCAGGGACAUGAAGCUAAGGGCAGGGGUAGCAGUGAAGAGAGCAGCGGCAGCAGUGGGCGACAGGCUGAUGGCGUAUGCUGCCGAUGUAGAUGUGCAUUUCGCAGAGAAGAAACGAGUGGCUGCUCUGGCGGCUGUGAGGCAGCUUCUUUUGAAGGGAGACUUUUCGGUUUCACGGCUCGUGGUCACUCCUGUGAGUCCACAUGUGAGCAACCCAGCGCUACAGCCGGCAGUGUUUGGUCAGAAGCUGCUACAGCUCGUGGUGGGAGAGGCAGGCACUGCUGCUGCUGCUGCUGCUGCUGCUGCUGCUGCUGCUGCUGCUGCUGCUGCUGCUGCUGCUGCUGCUGCUGCUGCUGCUGCUGCUGCUGCUGCUGCUGCUGCUGCUGCUGCUGCUGCUGCUGCUGCUUCUCCUGCUGAUGUGACGUCUGACAUGGACAACUCGGUAUUCUUCUGGGAGCCGUGCCACGUCAGCGAGCCAGUUUGCAAGAUCCUCGAAAUCGUUCACAACACCAUGGAGGAAGCUUCCCAGUCUACGGAUCGUACGGCCAUGGAACUGUAUCGGGCAGCACGAGACAUCUUCACCCUCUACCGUGCUCUGCCAUCCUCUGCUCCUGUUGACGUGGCACAGCUGGCAAUGAUAGCAGUGAACGACCGCCUGCUGCUCAGCCACGUGUGCCUCUCCCUCGCGCUGCAGUACCGCGCGCGCCUGCCAGUUGGCGUGCGCCACGUGGCCACCUUUGCUGACGUGGCGCCGUUCCUGCGCCAGCUGGCGGAGGAGCAGAUGCAGCGCGUGCUGGAGCGGCACCACGGGUACCUCAUGGAAGCUUUGGACGGGGCGCAGGGGUUCAGAAACACGGAUGAGGAGGAGGUUUAUCGCUGUGCGCUGCGGGCUCUCAAGCAGGUGGUGCAUCAUCUCGCCCACCUCUCCUCUGUGUGGCGCCCAGUCUCACCGCCCUCCCGCUACCUCCGAGCCAUGAGUCGCCUCGUCUCUGCUGUGCUCUCCCGCUGCUGUGCGCACGUGCUCGCCCUGCCAGAUAUAUCCGUGGACGAAACUGAGCAACUUCGCAAGCUCUUUGCAGGGAUGCUGACACGUCUACCUCCUCUAUUCCACGUGGACCUCUCAGGAGCCAUUGGCACCGCCCAUGGCGCUACGUCAGCAUCUGUAGCUGCAGCUGCUGACCUGGAUGCUGACGUGUCAGAUGCCGUUGCUGACACAGCAACGCUUGAGUCUCUUGUUCCGGUGUAUCGCAAGCUGAAAAGACUAACAGAUUUGCUAGACAUGCCACUAGUGGCAAUCACACAGGCGUGGGAGAGUGGGGACCUGUGCCGCUGUGGUUUCACCUCUGAUGAGCGCUUGAAGUUGCUGCCGCUGUUGGCCGUCUCCUGCGGAGACCUGCUGAUCCUACUCCCUUGGGUGCUCCUCCGGCAGCCGCUCCUCUACUCACAGCACCACUCCCGCCGCGUGCAACCGAUGUGGACGCCUGGCUGA